CUCUCCCCCUCUUUCUCUCCCCUCCCUCCUCAGUAGGAUCAGUAGCUCUUGUGGAGGGCACACAUGAGCUCCUGGGACCUGUGGAAUAUUCCCCUUGACAGAUGAAGACAAGAAUACUUCACCAAAGAGUGCAGAUCUUGGAGGUCAGAUGAAGGUCAUGGGGGUGGUGCAGAUACGACAUCACUUCCUGCUCAUGCUCCUGUCUGCCGUGGGGAGGUCACAGGUCAACCCAGAGGUCUGUCGCUACCCCCUGGGGAUGAGUGGGGGUCAGAUCCUUGACGAGGACAUCACGGCCUCCAGCCAGUGGUCCGAGUCCACAGCUCCGCGCUUCGGCAGGCUGGACUUCGACCACGGCGACGGCGACGGCGCCUGGUGCCCUGACGUGGCGGCGGCGGCGGACGGUCGACGGCAGUACCUGCAGGUGGACCUGCGCUCGCUGCACUUCCUCACGCUGGUCGGCACGCAGGGUCGCCACGCCGACGGCAUGGGCAACGAGUUCGCCCAGCGCUACCGCAUCCACUACAGCCGGGACGACGCCCACUGGGUGGGCUGGAGGGACCGCAAGGGCCAGCCGGUGAUCGAGGGCAACAGGAACCCGUACGAGGCGGUUCUGAAGGACCUGGAGCCGCCCAUCAUCGCGCGCUACGUGCGCUUCAUGCCUGUCACCGACCACUCCAUGAUCGUCUGCAUGAGGGUGGAGCUCUACGGCUGCCAGUGGCUCGAUGGCCUGAUGGGCUACAGCGCCCCCGAAGGCCACCAGAUGAUCUACCGCGGGCUGGACGUCUUCCUCAACGACUCUGUGUACGACGGCGUCGCCGCAGACAGACCCACCAAGGGCCUCGGACUCCUCACCGACGGGGCCUGGGGCCUGGACGACUUCCUCCACAGCCCCAUCUACGGCGUGUGGCCCGGCUACGACUACGUGGGCUGGACCAACCGGAGCUUCCCCCGCGGCUACGUGGAGAUUGUGUUCGACUUCGACCACGUCAGGACCUUCACCUCCAUGAAGGUCCACUGCAGCAACAUGUUCAGCCGGGGGGUGCGUCUCUUCCGGCAGGCCAGCUGCUUCUUCAGGUCGGAGGCGGAGUGGGAGGGCGACCCGGUGGUGUUCCUGCCCCCCGCCGACCGCGUCAGCCAGGGGGCGCGCUUCGUCACCGUGCCCCUGGGGGAGCGCACCGCCAGCUCCAUCAGGUGCCGCCUCCACUUUGGAGACCUCUGGAUGCUGAUCAGCGAGGUGGCCUUCCAGUCCGGCUCCGCAGUGUACAACACUUCUCUGCGUGGACACCCAACAAAUGCACUUCCAGGAGAAGACCCCACCCACAAAGUAGACGACAGUAACACACGGAUCCUGAUUGGCUGCCUGGUGGCCAUCAUCGCCAUACUGUCAGCCAUCAUCGUCAUCAUUCUGUGGAAACAGGUGUGGCAGAAGUUGCUUGAAAAGGCGUCGCGGCGCAUGCUAGACGACGAGCUGACGGCGCGUCUGGCCGUGCAGACGCAGGCCUUCUCCUUCCUGCGCUCCUCCUCCUCCUCCACCACCUCCACUUCCUCCUCCUCCUCCUCCAGCGAGGUGGAGGAGGGGCAGGGGGGGGGCGGGGACUCCGGCGGCAGCUCCACCUACGAGCGGAUCUUCCCGCUGAGCGCGGACUACCAAGAGCCCUCACGCCUCAUCCGCAAGCUGCCCGAGUUCGCCCAGUCGGCCGACGACCUCGAUGCCCCCCCCCCCCCAGUGGCGAGCUCCAGGCUGCUGCUGCAGCCGGCCGGGGGCCCUGACGGGGGCCCCCACUACGCCGGGGGCCCUGACGGGGGCCCCCACUACGCCGGGGGCCCUGAUGGGGGCCCCCACUACGCCGAGGCCGACAUCAUCAGCCUGCUGGACGGCCCCCCCGGCGCCUCCUCGCUGGCCGCCGGCCCCCCGGCCGUCAAGGAGUUCCCCCGGGACCGCCUCUCCUUCAGGGAGAAGCUGGGGGAGGGCCAGUUCGGAGAGGUGCACCUGUGCGAGGCGGAGGGGAUGCAGGACUUCCUGGACGAGGACGCGUCCGAGGGGCGGAGCCACGGGGGGGGUUGGAGCCACGGGGGGGGCCCUCUGCUGGUGGCGGUGAAGACGCUGCGUGAGGACGCAAACAAGAACGCCAGGAACGACUUCCUGAAGGAGAUCCGCAUCCUGUCGCGCCUGCGGGACCCCAACAUCGUGCGCCUGCUGGCCGUGUGCGUGGACUCGGACCCCCUGUGCAUGAUCACCGAGUACAUGGAGAACGGGGACCUCAACCAGUACCUCCACACCCUGCAGCUGGGGCAGGGGCCGUCCCGGGGGGCGGAGGGGCAGGGAGAGCCACUGGGCAGCGUGGUCAGCUACGCUCAGCUGAUGAGCAUGGUGCUGCAGGUCGCCGCGGGCAUGCGCUACCUGUCCUCCCUGAACUUCGUGCACAGAGACCUGGCCACGCGGAACUGCCUGGUGGGGGCCAGCUGCACCAUCAAGAUCGCCGACUUCGGGAUGAGCCGCAACCUGUACCGAGGAGACUACUACCGCAUCCAGGGGCGCGCAGUGCUGCCCAUCCGCUGGAUGGCCUGGGAGAGCAUCCUGCUGGGUAAGUUCACGGCGGCGAGCGACGUGUGGGCCUUCGGCGUGACGCUGUGGGAGGUCCUGACGCUCUGCCAGCAGCAGCCCUACGGAGCGCUGACCGACGAGCAGGUCAUCGAGAACACCGGGGAGUUCUUCAGGGACCAGGGCAAGCAGGUGUAUCUGCCGAAGCCUGCGAGUUGCCCGGACGACGUGUACACAGACCUGAUGCUGCGCUGCUGGCGGAGGAACGCCAAUCAGCGGCCGGGCUUCCAGGAGAUCCACCGCCACCUGCUGGACAACGCAGCGUAGCGCGCUAGCUACGCCUAGCCACUUGUACUAUUGUAGAUUGCUAGAGGCUUUGACUGUAAAUAAGAAUAUACAUGUAAACUAUCACUGCUGUUGUGUAAAUAUCAGCUCUUCCGGUUUAGUGUUAAACCGCUACCCCGACAUACGCACGAUUUAUACAACCAGGUCUCUUUUAAUAUAUAGGCCUACCUGGCAUAUUUUGUUAUGUGUUAUUUAUUAGAAAUUGUAUGAGACUGCUUGUACAAAUGUAUGGUUGCUGUUGUUGCCUUUAUAUUUUAGAUAUGUAAAUGUAGAAUAGUGACAUUUAAUUAUAUUUAGAUUUAUUCCUUUAGAAUUAGAACGAUACCAUAGCCUACUGUAUAUAGGUGACCUUGGGUGUCUUGAAAGGCGCCUCUAAAUUAAAUGUAUUAUUAUUAUUAUUAUUAUAUAUUUUUAUUUUAAAAUACUUAAACUAAAACUUUAUAAAGGAUUGGAUGUAAAAGUAUGUUUCAGUAAGUAUCUUUUUGUUUAUGAAGACCCAAAUAAAAACAAUACCAAAAACG